CGGAUCACGAGUCCGGACGUCCGCACGUGGUUUGCCGGUUACUCGGGUGCUGCCGCGGUGGAGCUGUGUUCUGCUGCUGCCCCGGAGUGAGCGAACCGAGCCGGAGCGGGAGCCAUGGAGAGCCAGAGCGUGGAGGAGCUGCUGGCCAAGGCGGAACAGGAGGAGGCGGAGAAGCUGCAGCGCAUCACGGUGCACAAGGAGCUGGAGCUGGAGUUCGACCUGGGCAACCUGCUGGCUUUAGACCGCAACCCCCCGACGGUGCUGCGCCAGGCCGGGCCCUCGCCGGAGGCCGAACUGCGAGCCCUGGCGCGAGACAACACGCAGCUGCUCAUCAACCAGCUGUGGCAGCUGCCGACCGAGCGCGUGGAGGAGGCGGUGGUAGCGCGCUUGCCGGAACCCGCCACGCGCCUACCCCGCGAGAAGCCACUGCCCCGGCCCCGGCCGCUCACCCGCUGGCAGCAGUUCGCCCGCCUUAAGGGCAUCCGUCCCAAGAAGAAGACCAACCUGGUGUGGGACGAGGUGAGCGGCCAGUGGCGGCGCCGUUGGGGCUACAAGCGCGCCCGGGACGACACCAAGGAAUGGCUGAUCGAGGUGCCUGGGAGCGCCGACCCCAUGGAAGACCAGUUCGCCAAGCGGAUUCAGGCCAAGAAGGAACGUGUGGCCAAGAACGAGCUGAACCGGCUGCGGAACCUAGCCCGCGCGCACAAGAUGCAGAUGCCCAGCUCAGGUGGCCUGCACCCGACGGGACACCAGAGUAAGGAGGAGCUGGGCCGCGCCAUGCAAGUGGCCAAGGUGUCCACCGCUUCGGUGGGUCGCUUCCAGGAGCGCCUCCCCAAGGAGAAGGCACCCCGGGGCUCCGGCAAGAAAAGGAAGUUUCAGCCCCUCUUUGGAGACUUCGCAGCCGAGAAAAAGAACCAGUUGGAGCUACUUCGAAUCAUGAACAGCAAGAAACCUCAGAUGGACGUGACGAGGGCCACCAACAAGCAGAUGAGGGAGGAGGACCAAGAGGAGGCUGCCAAGAGGAGGAAAAUGAGCCAGAAAGGCAAGAGAAAGGGAGGCCGGCAAGGACCUUCGGGCAAGAGAAAAGGUGGCCCGCCAGGCCAGGGAGAGAAAAGGAAAGGAGGCUUGGCUGGCAAGAAGCAUUCCAGGCCACCUGCUUUAGGUGGCAAGAAGAAAGGAGUGCCACGCCAAGGGGGGAAGAGGCGGAAGUAGUGUUCUCCCCACUGGACCUGCAAAGCCAGGACUGUCUGUACUAAGGGUUAAGUUGUGCACACUCAAGCGGGUUCAGGAGGUGGCUGCUUCCCUCUCUGAGCUUGCCAUUGAAGGGGUCGGGUUUGCCACCCUUCAAGUGUCAGUGCUGGACUACGAAUUAAUACUUUUCCCAAGUGAGUCUUUUGAGAACAUGAGAAUUACAGAAAUGAUAUGAUCAGAACCAGGAAUAAGUGAACAGCCUGCUUUUUUAUUUAAUCUUGACUUUGGAUACUGGGUAAGGGUUGAUCAGAUUUCUGAGUUACAAUAGAUUGCUUUCAACAUUUUUGCCUUAUUUUUGUAACAAAGCUUGUAUAUUUAUCAAAGCAGGGAGAAUGGGGAGAACUCUGCCUGUGGUUUACAAGUAUUUAAAGGAACUCUUACUGUCGGUAGAAGUUGUAGGUGAAGCCAUUGAUCUGGCUACCAAUAUAGAGUGUGCUUGAAAAAACACAAAGUGGUUACAGGAGCCACUUGUACUGAGGAAACUCAAAAGUUCUUUUGGCACUAAUUAAAAGUAUAGUGCGACUGAUGUUGGUACAGUAGGCCAAAUGAACACAUUGCUUUAAAUGGAAAAUUGGAACCACAGUAAAUAAUGCUAUUUAACCUUGUUACUGCAGAAAAUACUUGGCAUUUUGUCUACAGCCAGUGGCCUUUGUUUGGCUCACUUGGGUUUUAGGUUUUAGCCAGUGCUGGCCUGGAGUUCACUGUGGAGCCAAGGCUGACCUGGAACUGUGGCUCUGUCUCUAGAGUGCUGAGAUUAGAAAUGAGCAGCCGCAUUCAGCAAGAGAUUUCAUGUUUAUUGCUGUCCUGGAUGUUUUCCCCAUCACUAAUGUCUUCUUUUGAUCUUAAUAAACUUAACUUUCUAUAA